AUGGCAAAACACGCGCUCAGCAUACCCGAGGCAGAAUUGAAGCAACUAACGGCAACGGCAGCUGAGCUUGCAACCACAUAUUGGUCAUCGCUGAGCACGUUACCUACCUUUCCCUCGACCAGCGGUCCGCAAACAUUUGAACUGUUCACGAGACCCUGGGAUGAGGCCCCGCGCGGCUCAGAUGUGUUGCAAGACUUCAGCGUAAUCGCACAACACGGGCGGCCCUCGGUCGGCGGUUUCUUCGGCUAUGUGGCAGGCUCAGGUGAGCCAGUUGGCGCCAUCGGCGACCUGCUCGCAGGCGCCCUCAACCAGAACGUGACUGCUUGGCGCUCAGCGCCGUCGGCAGUUGUGGUGGAACGCACCGUGGUCAAGUGGCUCGCCGAAGCCAUUGGCUGCGAGGGCUUCAACGGCAGCUUGUGCGGUGGAGGGUCGGCUGCGAACUUGAUGGGGCUUGGCAUGGCGCGAGAGGCCAAGCUGCCCGCAAACGAAGAGGGCGUCAUAGGCGGUGUGGUUUAUGCUUCAGAAGAGGUGCAUAUGUCGAUCGCCAAGGCCGUCGCUCUGCUUGGCCUAGGCCGCAAAAACUUGCGCCUGAUCCCCACGGACGACCAGUUCCGCAUGCGGCCGGAUCUCCUACAGGAAGCAAUCGCCGCUGACCGGCGAGUCGGACUGAAGCCAAUUGCUGUUGUUGCGUCGGCGGGAACGGUCGCCACUGGGGCCAUAGAUCCGCUCGAGGAGAUUGCCGCUGUCGCCCGCAGAGAAGACUUGUGGCUGCAUGUCGACGGUGCGUAUGGGGCGGCCGCGGCGUUAGCCGUGCCGGAACGACUCAAGGGGCUGGCACUUGCAGAUUCGCUGUCUCUUGACGCCCACAAGUUCCUCUACCAGCCCAUCGACUGCGGGUGUCUCCUGUUCAGGGAUGCCCACUUCGCUCGCAAGGCAUUCUCGAACAGUGGCGACUAUGUCCAGGUGUUCAGCCAGGACUCGAUGGAAGCUUUCGCCUUCUUCGAUGAGUCCAUGGAGUUGUCGCGGCGCUUCCGGGCGUUGAAGCUCUGGAUGUCGUUCCAAUAUCAUGGGCGACAGGCGUUUCGUGAAGCAAUACUGCGUGACCUCGCCCACGCCCAGACACUGGCGACAGCUAUCGGGAAGGAGCCAGAUCUUGAGCUAUUAACGCCAGUAACAUUGAGUGCUGUUUGCUUCCGUCAUCGUAGCAAGAACAACCAGGCAAUCCUUACGCGCGUUAUUAAGAGAGGCCGUGUCUUUAUCUCCAACGCUACAAUCGACGGCCACUUUGCGCUGAGGGCCUGUUUCGUCAACCACCUUACAACAGAGGCUGAUGUAGAGGCCAUAAUAUCGGAAGUCAUUGAAGCGGCAGGCGAAGUCGAUUCUUGA